AUGGGUUGUAAUAUACCAAAACCAAAACAGAAAGACUUGAAGCUUUAUGAUCCUAAAUUGUAACAAAUAGUCACAGUUCCAGUUUUAUUUGAAGCAAAAAACAAUCCAAUUGUCAAACGAAGAUUACAUGAUUAAUCAUUUUCACCUGAACAAAAAAUUAGCAGCGGAAUUCAUUUAUGA